AUGGCGGAAGGGCUUCCUUAUUUCGAUCAAAGGGAAAACGAAAGUGCGGAGAACAGGAAAGCUCCCAUCUAUGAUCAUCCAGUGUUCAGGGAAAUAUCACUGUCCAAUGGAAAAAUAAAUAAGAUGAAGAAGGAUGAAGUCAAGAAGAUACUUAAAGAGCGUGGGCUGGACACACGGUGAGUGAAAUAUCAUCAGCUAAAAGUAAAUAAACUCAGUUAAAUUAAGGUGAUGUUCUAAGCCUUGCCUGAGAAUGGGGGGGGGGGGGGUGUUUGGAAGGUUUAAAAAGGCAUUGAAACUUCGUUAAAGCUCUGCCUUGACAAAUUGCUCAAAAUUCAGAGACUAAUAUCUCGGCAGAGAGAGAUGAUUUACUUUUUCACACACUGCAUGUAUAAUGAAAUUCUCGAUCGAAAAUAUAUCGAAGAUAAAUAUCCUUCCUUUAGAGUAAGACCUGCAAUCAUGAGCUUCUACAUGUGGAUGCUCUAAGCUGAUUCCUUCAUCAGCCAAGAAGAUCUUUAAUUACAUUUUUUUUAAUCUAACAAUUCAUUUGCUUUGCAGAGGAGUAAAGGAGGUUCUCCAAAAGCGUCUAAAAAAUCACAUCAAAAAAGAGAAACUAGCUCAAGCUAAGCUGGAACAAAAAAAGAUAAUGAACGAGGUUCAUUUCUACUGUGUCAUAGAUUUUGAAGGAACUUGCGAAGAGAAUAAUCCAGACGACUACAUCCAUGAGAUAAUCGAGUUCCCUGCAGUGCUUCUCAAUGCAGUUACACUAGAAAAGGUUUGUAAGCUUUGAGAGAACAUUUAUUUGCUAACUCUCCUUGAUUUAAGGAGGUGUUACAACUAUAUUGUUCACUAUUUUAACCCCUGAACUCCCACAUCAAAUUUGUCAUUCUCCUUACUGUAAUAACCAUACAAUUCUUAUAAUGUUAGUUCAGAGAAUUUAGUAUUGUAUCAAUUAAUUAUCCCCAAAUUGAUGUUUUUUCUUUAUUCUCAUCACUUAUCUGGUUGAUAUUGUAUAGAUAUUGUAAGGAGAAAUUCUGUCUUGGUCACUCAUGGGAGCUAAAGGAUUAAAGUAACAUAUAUAAUAAUUGAAAAGUAAUGUUUCCAAUUUGUCUAGGUAAUAACAUGCUGUCUUUGUUAAAGUCACUCAAACUGGGAAAAUUAAAGAGACCAUCAAUAUCUCAAAUGAUUAACUUUUCCACUUACUGCAUUGUAACACCUCCUUGAUUUUCAUAAUAAAUUUGAAAAGUUAACCAUAAAUUCUUACAAUUUAGUUCAGUUUGUCUCCAGGUUAUCCUCAAAGAUUUUUGUAUUGAUAAUGUAAGGAGAAAUUCUGUCUUGGUCACUCAUGGGAGUUAAAGGAUUAAAGUAACAUAUAAUAAUUGAAAAGUAAUGUUUCCAGUUUGUCUAGGUUAUAACAUGAUUUUGAGUGCAAUUUGGUGAUGAUAAGCUCAAGUAAAUUUUUCAAAGACUAAAAAAAGUUGAAGCUCUCAGGUGAAGUGCACUUUAUACCCUAAAUGAAAACAUCAAAUUGCAAGAGAAAUCAUGUUAUCACUUGUGUUAAUAAUUUACAUGAAAAAACAUCACAGAAAAGCAAGACAGAGAAAAUUUUGAAAGUGUGUGCAUUAUUUGUAAUUUGCACUUGUGUUACAAGGCUGAAAAUCAACUGAAUCCUUGUUAGAAUGGUUCAAAUAAUCUGAUUGGUUGUAUAAGACUAAAGCUAUCAAAAAUGUCAAACCAUCAAAGUUCACAUUCUGCAAUAGGUUGAAUUUAACACUUUUGCUUGAAGUUUUUUAGUCUCUAAGUGAAAUUCACAUAACAAGUAGAGAACAAGCCAUUCAACAUGAUUGUGUUACGAAUUAACAACAACCGAAUUCUCCAGAACAUAAAGAUCACUCGGGACGACAGUUGCAGUGACUGAUGUGGCCUUCCACACAAUGCAUUGGAAAGGAUGUCAGAGCAUAUUCAAGUCAUGUGAACCCUUCUGAUGUUAACUCACCCAAAUUUGAUUUUUUAGGCUUAUGACUGAUUAGUGUUUUAACUAACCCUCACAACUGAUAUCUGAAAUAGCACUUUAACAUACUAUGUUAGCUAUUGUUUGUAUUCAGGACUGAUCAUACACCAAUAUUUCACAUAUUUCUUCAGGUGUCUGAAUUUCAUGAGUACUGCAAACCACAAGAUAAACCAGAACUAUCACAGUUCUGCCAGAACCUAACAGGAGUUACCCAGGUAAUAAAAGUUAAAAUAUGAACAACAUUAUUGUGCAUGACUUUUGUCCAUCAGUUAUGGCUGGAAUCUCUGUCACUGGAGUCUUUGUAAACAGUCAUGUGCUUUUAUCUGUGCUCAUAUUACAGUAAAUGAUUUUAACUCGGAGGUAACAUGUAACAGUGUGGUUUGAUUGUCUGGGUGAGUGUAGUCCUGAGAAGGACUGUUGUCGAUAGUGGUGACUGAUGUUUCAACAACCCAAGCGGAAGUCAUCAUCAGAGUCAAGUGAAUAGUUGUUGCCAGUCUGCUUAGGUUGUUAUUGCUUCUUACUUUUGAUCUAUUGGAGGACAAAGCCAUAGAUGAUGUCACCAUUGACAAGUUUUUGCUUCUUUAUGACAUAAAACAAAUAGACUCCAUAUUGCCCAGGUCCUGUGUGGUGAGUGAUAUGAACAUCAGUGACACACACAGCUGCACCUUGUGAGCCACUUUUUGGUUCAUACCACAUUUUCACAUCAUUUAUGAUCUACUUGUAAUACUAAACAGAAGCACGGCAACAUGGAAUCUGCUUCUUAAAUGGUCCAUAAAGUAUUUUGAGUCUAAUAUGAGUUUAUAAUUAGCAAAAUAUACUCUAUACCACUAAAAACUGUUUUCCAAAGCAUGUGAUAUUGACAAGUUUGUUUUUAGAUUUGAUAAAAUAUUAAACAUUGAGAAUUGUCUUAGGAAUAAAAAUCUGGUAUGUAUUGUCGAGAGUCCAUUGCAUUGAUCAGCAGUUUAUAUCAUCUCCUUGCUGAUGGCGUGGGUUAUCUUCAAUGUAUGCCUAAAUGAUUUUUUUCCAAUGUACUUAUUUUGUUUUGCUGGGUAGGAAAUUGUGGAUAAUGCUGAUACAUUCUCAGGAGUCCUUGACAACUUUCAUCAAUGGCUUAGAGAUCAUAAACUUGGAUCAGAAUAUAAAUUUGCUGUUGUUACUGAUGGGUGAGUUUGCUUCUCAUACACAUUUCUUGCACUUCCUUUACUGAGUUUCCAAUAACUGAAUCAUUAUCCCAGAGACAGGUACUCAUACAUACUAUAGGGCAGAGAGAGACACCGUGAACGUGUCUCGCCCAGGCAGAUAUAGAGUUGUAAAUUUGCAGGGCUUGCAGAUGUUGGGCUUAUCAGUGAAGGGAUGAGUCGAUGAGCGCUAACAUUUGUGUCGUUAAUAUUAUUCUACAGCUUCAAUGAAUGCCAAGCACAGUAUGAAAUGCACUUCUUUGGUUGCAAAACCUACCAUAUUUAGACGAUAAACGCUUUCAAAUGCUUCCUUUAAUUACAUAAGAAUAUUUUGUACUGUAAAGAUGCAUCGCUCAGGCGACCAACGACCCCACAGUUUUUAGCUCAAGGGAAGGGUGGGCUAAAGAGAUGGUCCCAAAGCGAGAGGGCCUAUUCGAGAUGGGGGCUUAGAGAAGGGAAGGACUUCUGGGGAAGGGGCGUUUCCAGAGCUUCCAUGAUAAUUCCUUUAUAUUUUUUUCCAAUGUAGCCCUUAUGAUAUGAAGCGUUUCUUCUCGGGGCAGUGCCAACUCUGUUCCAUUCCCAUACCCAAGUACGCCAGAAAGUGGAUUAAUUUGAGAAAAUUGUACAGAAACUUUUACAAAGUACUAAAUGGGACUCUUGAAGACAUGGUCAAUAAUCUUGGUAUGAAAUUUGAAGGGCGGCCGCACUGUGGGAUGGACGAUGCGCGAAACAUCGCAAGAAUCUUACGAAAGAUGGUCCAAGAUGGCUGCGAAAUAAAAUUUAACGAAAGUCUGUAUGGUAACACCUGACUUUUGUCAAAGUCGGGACACUGCGAUCGGAUGAAAAAGCCGUGAAAAAGAAGCCCAUCUCCUAGCAUAGAAAGUGUGAUUUUAAAACUUAUAAACGAAUUGAAAAGAACCUCAUAAAUACGGUUUUCUGUGUUCGUAAAGAAAAUCAUUAGAAACAGACAAUGAUUAUUUCAGGAACGGAGAGAAUGAUGCGCGCUUCCUCACUGGCUUAAAUAAGCUUGUCAUUAUUUUAGGAAGGGUGGGAUUCGUGUUAUUUUGAUUUUUUUUUUUUUUUCGAUUCAUCUAUUAUUAAUAAAAGCCUUUCAAAACAUAAGUAAAAGUAUCUCAGAUACAGUACAGGGUGUCGUUGAAUGCUUCAACGACUUGCACACAUGAGUACAUCUUGAUUGACUGUCUCGAAGCUAACACUGAAGUUGUAACAACUUCAAGUCAAAUCAAGGAAGAAUAUCGCAAGGAGUCGACGAGAACUUAAAGUUACAGAAAGCCAACCGGUUCAAGCGCGGGAAAAUGUGAAUUACUGAGUCGAGGUUGGUUUUAGAUUUUUAAUUUGAUUGCUCGAGAGGAUGGCGCUAGUCUUGUGAACUAAUCACAGAGUAAACUGAAACAAAACCCAAGCAAUUCCGGAUCACUUUCGACGCUAAAUUGAAAAUUAAUCUUAAGUACAUAAUGGUAUGUCUGCAACUUUACUUUGAUAAACAGGCUGAAUAUUAUUGUUAAGUGUCCCGCCGAUCUCUUGCAAUGGGAGUCAAAAGAGUUAGACCGAAGUUCCAAACACUGAUACUAAACCGGCCAUCUUCAAGUUGAUCUGCGUUCUUCCUUUUUUCGUUCAAUCGGAAGCUGUGAACCCCACGUGCAUGCGUAGGCACAAACCUCGUCUGAAUCGUUAUCGAUUUCUCAGAAGUUCAUUGGUACUAUUGCGCGUCAUCUGAAAGCCUGGCGUUUAAUUCGUGGUGACGGACUCCGGUGUUUCCUUUGCGCUGCGCGCGUGGCGAAACGAAUAACAAUACUGUUUAAUGUUUGUUUUUUGUUCGUUUGUUUUUAAUAUUAUUUCUGGGUAGUCAGAGAAGUUGUUUUAGCUUUUUUUGCACGUUUCAAGUUACUCUGCACUCGAAUUAUAUUUUAGUUUCGCUGAAACACAACCAGAUAUACGUCUUCAGGGAAAUCCGACUUGUAAUUAGAUGUAGCCAGUAUCGACGUAGAUCGUUAGAUGCGACAGUGAUGCUCAACCCUUGGUUCAAGCCCCGUUUUCGUUGGGCUGUCAUAACUUCAAUCAUUGUUAUCAAUUUAUAUGUUUACUGUAAAGGAUACAAGCCUCUGCAACCAAAUGAAUUUGAUGGGGCAAAGUAUAUUUUUAAUCGAGGUGACUCGUUUGGAGGAGAGGAUAGCGACAGUAAAGGUGAGUUUGCUUGUUUGGUUUACAUCAGUUGUGCUGUACUAUUUUUGAAUCAUUGCCUUCAACCGCCUUGCUGGAAUAUACAGUUACACUAGAUUCAUUCUAGCCAAAAUGGUUGGGUGCCUGCCUGAGUAUUCUUUGUACGAAACCGAAAACCGCAGAGUAGCUGAAUUCAAUCACAGUUCAUAACCUUACUGUAUCUUAAGGCUAAAAAAUGUCGACAUCAUUUGAUUUACCUUCGUUUCUUUUGCUCUUGAAAAUUUCUAGGUGAAAUAACUUCUGAAAGAUUGUCCUUCAUGCGGAACAUAAAAUCUUUUCGCUUUAUUAAUUAUUUUUUAUCGGUUUCCGACAGUAGAAGCGAAAAGAUCAUGAUUUUGAGAGCACGUCAGCGGACAGUUUUGAUAAGCACAUCUUAACUCUUCACAAUUAUAACGAAUAGUUAUACUUCUUGACAGUUGAGUAUUUCGUUGCUUUUUGAUAUGAUCUCAUCACUCGAUAUGUUCCAUUAGACGAAUGCUUGGUUUCUGACCCACAAAUACAUUUACAAUUAAAAAAAAAACAUUUGAUAAAGUUUAUACGCGAUCUUACAGAGAGGCUUUCACUUUUUAAGUAGUUUGCUUUUCAGAUGGCCGCAGGUUUUUCAGUUCUUUUAACGACCGUUACGCAUUUUCCUCUUGAAAAUAAACAUAUUAUACUUACCUUAUUAUUCUCCCUGAAAAACUGGCGUCUUAGAAUUCCAAGGUGAACAUUCGUCUACUACACAAACUGUUGCGUGUGCCUAUUGACGUUUACUAGAAUUUGAUGGAAAUUACAGUAGUCUGUUUCAAGACAAACCGCUUCAUUUGACAUCCUUAAAGUUGGUCACAAACCAAAACCCCUCAAUAUCUCCCUUCAUUUGUUUUCAGUUGUGCCAGAAAAACAUAGACCGACGCUUUUCGAUAAGGCUUUUGCCUACAGAUGUUCAAGUGAGAUUUCAAUGCUCAAUGUCACAUUAGACAGAUCAUUUUCACCCAAGCAAGAACGAAAUGUGCUUAUGGAGGUUUUCAAUCAAACAGCUGGUCAUAAUUGGAGGAACAACACUCAUUGGGGAAAUGACUCUGUACCACACUGUUCUUGGCAUGGAAUAGAAUGCCAUAACACCAAUAGCUCUGUCAUAGGUAUUACUUUGAUAAACAACAACUUGGUUGGAACCCUUCCGAGAAGCCUGUGGAAGCUUCGCAAUUUACAGAUUUUGUGCAUUGGCACUAAUGCUAACUUAUCAGGUAGUCUCGAUGAAAUUUUGUCUUCCAACAUGACUACUUUACACACUCUUUACCUUGCCUUUAACAAGUUAUCUGGUGGGAUUCCUGGUGAAACUUUAGCAAAGAUGAAGUCACUGAAAAUAAUCCAGCUUUGCUGUCAGUUGAGAAAGGGUUUUUAUGGUGAAAUUCCAAAAGACAUUGGAAACUUAACGCAAUUGCAAGUUCUCGGUUUCGGAGGAAGUAGAUUGAAAGGUUCAAUACCGAAGAGUAUUUCGAAAUUGAAAAAACUUUGGUUUUUGGAUCUUAAAAGUGCAACAUCCCUAAGUGGAGGCUUUGCAAACCUUGUCAAUCUGUCAUCUUUACAAUACAUGCACCUGUCAAUGGCUGGAUUAAAUGGAACUUUGCCUGACGAAUUUGGACUGUAUUAUCCUGCCAUGGUUGAGUGUAUCCUGUCAGGAAAUCGUUUUACUGGAAGCAUUCCGGCAACUCUGGGUAAUAUGACCCACCUCCAAUAUUUAAAUUUGGCUAGAAACAGUUUUUCUGGAAAAAUACCGGAAAGUAUCGGCUCAGUUUCCUCUCCUCAUAUUAUUGACUUAAGUGGAAAUAAUCUAUCAUCGUUUGAGGACGGGAUCAAGUUUAAUGAUCUAGAGGUACUCCUCCUUGCUGGUAAUAAGAAUCUCACACAUAGUUUUGAUUCCUUGCUGGAUGCAAUGGAAUCGACAAGAAAAUCUCUUCGUAUUCUUAACAUUAGUGAGUGUAAUUUUUAUGGUAUUAUUACAUCUAAAUUAUGGAAAUUUGAGAAUUUGAUUUCUGUGGAUUUAAGGAAGAACAAUCUAACUGGAACGCUUCCGUGGGCUUUUCAAAUCUUGUAUUUCCUUCACGAUCUUGAUGUAUCCACGAAUAAACUUUCCGGGCAAAUCCCUGGAAAUUAUGCAGACUUACCCUCCUUGAAAGUCCUAGACGUUUCAAAGAAUCCUUCAAUGCGUAUGAACGAAGAACAUGAAAUCCUACCAAAGUAUAUGACAGCUGAUUUUGCAUCUUUAAUCCUUUUUGACAAGUUCAAAUGUCCAAAUGCCCGUCUUAACAACAACACACGGGUGAUUUUAGAUCCCAGCUAUUAUUUUUACCGUCUUUGUUUCUGCGAUAGAGGAUAUUAUGGCUUCGGGAAAACCUGUCUGCCCUGCAUGGAAGGUGGAACUUGUAAUGUUGAGAAACGUCCUUCCCAGGAUAUGACAAUCAAAAAAGGCUAUUGGCCUUCAUCACGUGAUCAGAACGUGACUCAUCUCGUUGACUGUUCACAAGCUUUAGGCACCAAUCCUCAAGUGAGUACACCCUGCAAUCCAUUAGGCACUUGUCGCUGCUGGAUUGACACAGACCACAGUCCCUCCACCGUUUGCAACAAAUCGUGCUUCUGCCGCACAGGGAGUAAAGGUCGCUUUUGUUCACUUUGCGAACAUGGUUAUUACAAACAAGGAAUCAUUUGCUACGCUUGUCCCCAAGCGAAUACCAGUGUUUACAUUCCGGCUGCACUUGCUAUCCUGACUAUCAUUUUGAUGACUCUUGCCUUCUACCUUUACGAGAAAAAGCGCUUUUUCUCCACACUUUUAGUUUUUACUCAAAUAAUUAUCUUAGCAUUACUAGCCAUUUUUCACAUAAUUCCUGCAUGGCUACUUGAACUCAAUGCAAUAGCCCUCUUUAUAGGUUUAGCCGAAAGAGGUAAGGCUGCGCGAGGAAUUCUGAAGAUCAGUGUGUAUUAUUUGCAAACCCUGGACGCUUUGAUCUCCUGUAACAACUUCUGGCCUCCUCAGGUUCUUAAAAUUCAGCGAUACAUCAGCUAUGUGUUUAACUUUCAUUUCUCUGGCCUGGUUUGUACGUUUCCUCACUUGUUCACUCCACUUGGUGAAUUUGCAAUUCUAAUUCUACUUCCUGUUAUUUGCAUUCUGUGCAUUUGGUUGUACUUUGCUCUUGUCUGCCUCGUUGGUGGUGUUCUUAACGUUUACAAUCUGCAAGAAAGACGACUUCGACUGCGAAAUACCUGUUUACAACUUUCCAUUGUGUCUCUCAAUUUGACAUAUUUUCCCAUUGUAAAGAAAACCGCUUUAGUCUUGGCUCCGUGCGCAAAGGACAACAAUUAUUAUUACCUGAGGGAGGCACCAUGGAUAGAGUGUGGAGGUCCUGUCCACACCAUGCUACAGGUCCUUGGCUGGCUUUCGUUAGUUUUUUAUGUGAUCGGUGUGCCUUUUGGAGUGUUCCUUCCUCUUCUGCGACACAACAAGGUGGGCAGCAGACAUGAGCUGCCUCAGCAAGACCAAGAAAGUUUGGACAGUUGGCUCGGUUCUAUCUACUUGCCAUACAAGAAAGAUUUUCGUUCCUCGUUUGAGAUCAUCUUUCUUCUAAGGCGGAUGCUGAUCGCUUUCGCGUUGUCCCUCAUCAAUCGUGCAUCGUCCUUUCAGACGAUAGCUGUUUGCUUUGUUUUGCUGGUUGCCCUUUGCUUUCAGUUGCUCUUCAAACCAUAUAUUGAUUCUUACCAAAAGUUCCCGUUGGAAAACACAGCAGAGGCUUUGGUUCUUUUGACUCUUCAUUUCUCUUUCAUGAACGUAAGGUACGCAGCCCAAAACCCUGACUCAUCCACGCCCAUCGUUUGGAUGGUCGUAGCGGUGAAUGUGGUUCUUUUCUGUGGCAUGGUGAUAUCAAUGAUUGUUCUUCUUGGCCGGCGAUCGCAUGUAGUGAGAAGUUCUACCAUGGAGGUCCAUUUAAGGGCGGUUGAUGAAGAUGACUCCACACUUCCUCCACCCGAAUUCUCUUCAUCGUGUCUUCUUGAUGAUGGAACUUAUAAUGACUGA